AUGGCAGGAACACCUGUGACAGUAACAGCAAGACCAGCAGUAGCAGCAAUCCUCAUCCCUGCCUCUGCAACAAAGCAACUGCAGAGAGAUGCGUGCCCCAAAGACGACCCAAAUGCCCAAGACGACCCAAAAGCGACCCAAAUGCCCGACGACCCAAAUGCCCCAAGACGAGCCACCUGCCCCAGACGAGCCAAAUGCCCAAGACGCACCCAAAAUGCCCCAAGACGCCACGCCAAGACGAGCACUGCCCCAAACGAGCCACCUGCCCAAGACGAGCCCCAAAAUUGCCCAAGACGAGCCUGCCCCAAGACGAGCCAAAUGCCCCAAGACGACCAAAUGCCCCAAGCCAAACAAGCACCUGCCCAAGAAAGCACCUGCCCCAAGACGAGCCACCUGCCCCCAACAAACCACCUGCCCCAAGACCGACCACUGCCCCAAAGACGAGACACCUGCCCCAAGACAAACCACCUGCCCCAAGACGAGCCACCUGCCCCAAGACGAGCCACCUGUCCCAAGACAGACCCAAAUGCCCAAAGACAACCCAUCCUGCCCCAAGACGAGCCAUCUGCGUCCCAAGAAGACGACCCAAAUGCCCCAAGAAAACCCAAAUGCCCCAGACGACCCAAAUGCCCCAAGGACGAGCCCACCUGCCCCAAGACGAGCCACCUGCCCCAAGACGAGCCACCUGCCAAACAAGACAGCCACCGCGCCUCAAGACGUGUAGCCAAACCCCAAGAACUGUAUCCAAAUGCCCCCAAGGACGAAAGCCAAAUUGCCCCAAGACCGAGCCAAAAUUGCCCAAGACGAGCCAUAAUGCCCCAAGACGAGCAAAUGCCCAAACGAGCCAAACCCCAAGACGAGCAAAGCCCCAGACAAACCACCCCCAGAUCGAGCCACCUGCCCCAAACUAGCCAUCUGCCCCAAGACCGAUCCCAAACCCCAAGACGACACCUGCCCAAGACGACCCAAAUGCCCAAGACGCAGCCACCUGCCCCAAGACGCACCCAAAUGCCCCAAGAACGAGCCACCUGCCCAAGACGAGCCAAAUGCCCCCCCAAGACGAGCCAAAUGCCCCAAGACGAGCCAAAUUGCCCCAAGACAAACCACCUGCCCCAAGACGAGCAAAUGCCCCAAGACGACCAUCCUGCCCCAAGACGACCCAAAUGCCCCAAGACGAGCCACCCUGGCCCCAAGACGACCCAAAUGCCCCAAGACGAGCCACCUGCCCCAAGGACGACCCAAAUUGCCCCAAGACGAGCCACCUGCCCCAAGACCGCAGCAAAAUGCCCCAGACGAGCAAAUGCCCCAAGACAAACCACCUGCCCAAGACGAGCCACCUUGCCCCAAGACGAGCCACCUGCCCCAAUGACGAGCCAAAUGCCCCAAGGACAAACCACCUGCCCCAAGACGAGCCAAAUGCCCAGGGACGAGCCACCUGCCCCAAGACGAGCCACCUGCCCCAAGACGAGCCACCUGCCCCAAGACGAAGCCACAUGCCUCAAGGACGAGCCACCUGUCCCCAAGACGAGCCACCUAGCCCAAGACGAGCCACCUGUCCCCAAGACGAGCCACCUGUCCCCAAGGACGAGCCACAUGCCUUCAAAGAACGAUGCCACCUUGUCCCCAAGACGAGCCACUUGCCCCAAGACGAGCCACCAUGCCCCAAGACCGAAACCACCUGCCCCCAAAGACGAAGCCACCUGCCCCAUGACGAGCCACCUUGCACCCAAGACGAGCCAGCCUGCCCAAGACGAGCCACCUGCCCCAAGACGAGCCACCUGCCCCAAGACGAGCCACCUGUCCCCAAGACGAGCCACCUGCCCCAAGACGAACCACCUGCCCCAAGGGACGAGCCAACCUGCCCCAAGAUGA